AUGCCCGAUCUACAGUUCACGAUGGAAGAGGAAGUCGAGGACAAACUUCCAUUCUUGGAUGUUCUCGUCUGCCGCCAACCAAAUGGCGAACUAGCGACGUCGGUCUACAGAAAACCGACGAACACGCUGCAAACUCUCAGCUACAACAGCAACCACCCGCCACAACACAAACGAAGCUGUGUCCGCACGCUGUACCGACGGGUAGAAACUCAUUGCAGCACGCCAGCCGCCAAACUGAAUGAGAUAAAGCUCCUCCGAGAACUUUUCAGAGCCAAUGGCUAUCCACGGGCAUUCAUUGAACGAAGCCGGAGGCAGCCAAAGAAACGGAACGAGGAGCACAGUCAGCCAAACUCGUGGCGGAGCAUUCCGUACAUUAAAGGGGUCUCCGAAGUCGUGGCUCGAUCACUCGCGCCACUCGGAAUAGGUGUUGCCCACAGGCCUGACGCAACAAUCCGCCGGCAAGUGAUGCGGCCGAAAGAUCCGAUCCCUAAGCAGGAGAUGUCGGCCGUUGUCUACCGACUCCAAUGCAGCUGCGGAAGUUGCGACUACGUUGGGGAAACCGGCCGACGGCUGCAAACGCGAACGCACGAGCAUAAGUUGGCUGUGCGAAGGUUGGACCCAAAGUCGGAGGUAGCAACCCAUGCCGCGCAAAUGGGACACAUCUUCAACUUUGACGCCGUUGAGAUUGUGGGCCGGGGCGGCGAUCACACAGCAAGGCAAGUGCAAGAAGCCUGGAUGUCCACCGACCGCUCUGUCAACCGCCACAUCAAUUUGCCUCCCCCUUAUCUGACUUUACGAACCUUCUUAGCGGGGGACAGUCACGGCGCGGGACAAUCGGGGCCGUCAGUCAUCACCGCGGCCGACGGGGGCGAUUUGGGUCGCGGUGACAUGCGGGUUGGAUGCAGCCACACAGGCGGCAUUGGCGGAUCACGCAUUGGACAAAGGGCGCCAUAA